GUGCCGCGAGUCGUCAGUCGUUCGCAUACCGUCGUCGUUGUCGCCCGUCCGUCGUCGUCGUCCGUUGUCCGUCCGUCCGUCCGUUCGACGGUCGUUUGGUUUCGUCACAUCGUCAUCGUCGUAAUACGCACACACACACACACGACGACGUCAGUGCCUUUUACCCGCCGCCGCCGAUAUUUAAAAAAUAAUAAUAAACACGACCGCGAGGGGGACCCAUACCACGGUCGGCGUGUUCCCGUUAACGUCCAGUCCAGUCCAGUCCUCGGCGGCGUGUGCGUGUUGGUGGCAUUGUGCGCUCCGUUUGUCCGUGGGACCAUGUCGCGUUACCGUCGUUUUAACCUAACCGCUACCGCGUUACCGUGAACUAUUAUUAUACGGGUCGGUUUUUAAUUUGAAUUUUUUUUUCGCGCCGUUUCCGUCGUGUCGGCGGCGAUCGCUGUCGGAACACCGGAGAGAGUGGGAGAGAGAGAGAGUGAGAGUGAGUGAUAGCCGGACGGAAUAAUUAAAAACAACGAAAAUAGCGAAUUGCGUUCGGUCACUCGGCUGACAUAAGCGCCGCGCGGGACGUGCGAUGACGGCACCGACGUGGGAAACGUCGUGGUCAUCGUGGUCAUCGCCGCUGCCGCCGCCGCCGCCGCCGUCGAUGUCGAUGUCGAUGUCGAUGCCGCCACCAACGCCACCGCAGUCGCAGUCACCGCUGCCGCCGUCGCCGGCCAGACGACCGGUUUGAACCAGUUUGACGGCGCGUGAAAACUAAAAUUGUUGUUGUUACGGUCGCGCCCGGCCCGUCAAGUUCGGCACCGAGCACGCGAGAUGGCUCCUUUGGACGUGCCCCGGGCACUGUUGGACGGUGAAAAAGUGGUGAAAUGGGACGAUGAGAGCGGAAUCGGGUUACCUGUAACUAUCAAAGUAGACGAACGGGGAUUUUUCUUGUACUGGAUGGACCAGAAAAAAGACUGUGAAGUGAUUGACAUGUCGACGAUACGAGACACUAGGACAGGAAAAUACGCCAGAGUCCCAAAAGACGCGAAAUUGAGAAGUGUCGUGUGUAUGGGGUCCCAAGAGCCAUUGGGCGAUAAAACGAUUACCGUCGUCGUGGCCACGGAUUUUGUGAACGUGUCGUUCAUUAAUUUCUGUUGCAAUAAAAAGCAAACGGCUCAAGUAUGGACAGAUGGUCUUUUGAAGCUUGCUCUGAAUUUGGUGCAGCUAAAUUGGUCACCAAUAGAGUUUUUGCACAAAACGCAUACCAAAUUGAAUUUAUUAGUAGACAAGAAUGGAAAAGUUCCAAUAAAAAAUAUUAUCAAAACGUUCGCGCAGAACAAAGAUGAUAGGAAGAAAGUCGAAAAAGCCUUGACUUCGUGUGGAUUACCAUCGAGUAAAAAUGAUGUUGUUAGUCCGGCAAAGUUUAUAUUUGAAGAUUUUUUCACUUUCUACACACAUCUUACGACUCGACCUGAAGUUGUGCAAUUAUUUGAUGACAUAUGUUGUAGUGUUCGUGGAGCUUCUGAUAAGAAAAAACAUAUGACAGUUGAUGAGUUCGUCGAUUUCUUGAAUCGUACUCAAAGAGAUCCUCGUUUAAAUGAAAUUCUCCAUCCAUAUGCAAAUUCGGAUAGAGCAAAAGAUCUAAUUCGUGAGUUUGAGCCUGACAAACAAAGCGCUGCAAUAGGCUUGUUGAGUUUUGACGGCUUUCUUAAGUAUCUGAUGAGCGCUGACAAUCCCAUAGUAUCUUCUUCUACGUUUGAAUUAAAUAACGACAUGGAUCAGCCGCUAUCUCAUUAUUUCAUCAAUUCGUCACAUAACACUUACUUGACUGGUCACCAGUUGACUGGUAAGUCAUCCGUAGAGAUUUACAGACAGUGUCUACUGUCUGGAUGUCGAUGCGUUGAAUUAGAUUUAUGGAAUGGAAAGACAAAUGAACCGGUAAUCCUGCAUGGAUAUACAUUUGUACCAGAAGUGUCGGCUAGAGAAGUAAUAGAGGCGAUUGCUGAAUCGGCUUUCAAAUCGUCGGAUUAUCCAGUCAUAUUAUCAUUUGAAAAUCAUUGCAACACUAAACAACAAGCGAAAAUUGCCCAAUAUUGCCAUGAUUAUUUCGGUGAUAUGCUGUUGUAUGAACCAUUGGACAGCCAUAAACUUGAGCCCGGCAUCUCGUUACCGCCUCCUUCAAUGCUGAAAAACAAAAUAAUCAUAAAAAAUAAGAAAAAACAUCAUCAUCAUCAUCAUCAUAAAAAGCCUACGGCUAGUGUAGUAUUAGAGCCUACUACAGCUGCAACUAUGGUUUUAGGCAAUGGAGAUUUACCACGAGGACCAAUUCGACAAUCCAGUAAGGACAGUAAUCAAGACGAUGAUGAAGAUGACGAUGAUAGCAGUAGUGAUACUGAUGUUGAAGAAGAUGAUAUAGAUAGAACAGUCGAUUUAAAACAUGUAUUACAAGGUAAACCUUUGGUUGAUAAGGUAUCCAACGCCAAAGAAACAGAAGCUGGUACAGAAAUAUCGGUUCUUGUAAAUUAUUGUCAAUCAGUGCAAUUCACCUCAUUUGAAAACGCGGAAAAAAAAAACCGCCACUACGAGAUGUCGUCGUUUGAUGAGAAACAAGCUAUGACGUUACUGAAAGAACGACCAAUGGAGUUUGUCAAGUAUAACAAAAAUCAAUUGAGUCGAGUUUAUCCGGCCGGAACACGUUUUGACUCGUCCAACUUUAUGCCUCAAGUAUUUUGGAAUGCAGGAUGUCAGCUAGUUGCAUUAAAUUAUCAAACCAUGGACGUGGCGAUGCAGCUAAAUUUGGGGAUAUUCGAGUACAAUAUGCGCAGCGGUUAUUUGUUGAAACCGGAGUUCAUGAGACGCGCCGACCGUACGUUCGAUCCGUUUGCCGAAUCCACUGUGGAUGGAAUCAUUGCCGGUACAUUAACUGUCGAUGUCAUAUCUGGUCAAUUGCUCACGGAUAAGCGCGUCGGAACUUACGUGGACAUCGAAAUGUAUGGCUUGCCAGCUGACACUGUCAGAAAAAAAUUUCGUACUCGGACGGUACCGUACAACGGCAUUAAUCCGGUGUACGGCGAUGAACCUUUUGUUUUCAAAAAAGUGGUCCUUCCUCAACUCGCAUCUCUGCGUCUAGCUGUUUUCGAGGAGUCCGGAAAAUUGAUCGGCCAUCGUGUCAUUCCAGUUGUUGGCCUCUGUCCGGGAUAUAGGCACGUUGUACUGCGUAAUGAAAUGGGUCAGCCCCUGCCUUGUGGAACGUUGUUUUUAAAAAUCACGGUAAAAGACUAUGUACCAGACGGCUUAUCUGAUUUUGCCGAGGCCCUGGCUAAUCCUAUAAAAUUCCAAUCUGAUCUGGAUAAACGGACCAAGCAAUUAGCUGUCUUUGCAGACGAAUUAGACCAAUCUGUCGACGAAGCGAGUGUUGCACCGGCAGAACGCGACGUAAAACCUGUCACUCGUCACCAAACCAGCUGCCCAGAUUUGCCCACCGGCCAUCAGAUGGCCGUUACGUUGCCGGCAUCACAUCGAAAAUCGGUGACUGUUAAUCCUGUGUCAACGAUGGACUAUUCGGUCAAUGACGAUUUUAGCAAGGGCCCGAAAGUCGCUCAAAGGAAUCUUCCAACAUUGUUGACUACUUCUCUGAGCGAAGGUGUAGUCGCCGAAUCUCUUUCGAAGCUUAGCGACAACAAGCUGGUAAAAGAUAAGAAAAUGGAGCUUGAGAAAAAAAUCGAAAAUCUCCGGAGGAAACAAGAAAAAGAGAGACAUCGGGUGAAAUCAUCACACGAUUCGGAACGGAUGCGAAAAAAGUUCACAAUGAGUGCCCGAUUUGCCAAGCGGUUAUCGAUGAAAAACAUCCAGGAGAGCAUACUGCAGAGUAACCAAGAUGCGUCUGAAUCUUCCGAAUGCGACACGGACAAUUCAACUAGCUCGAUGCCGAGAAUGUCCAGAAGCCAGUCCGAGCGGUUGUUGGCCAUUGGCAAAGAGCACGUGAUACAAGAACGCGACCUCCGCGAAAGAUAUCACGAGAUUGUGUUUUCGUCGUUGGAGAAAGUGAUGCGUUCGUCGCAAUCGAACCAAAUGAAAAUGUUGCGCGUGCUGUUAGACAAAGAGACCGCGGAAGUAAUGAAAAAGUUGCAGGACCGCCGACGGCAUGAAAUGAAAUCGUUGGCAAAAAUACACAAGGACAAAGACGAGAUUGGAAGGAUCAAGCGAGAAGUAUCUAGUUCAAUGGUGGAAAAGGGUGUAAAUGAACGGGUGCGCUUAGCUCAGAUCUACGAGAAGAAGACUGAAGAACUAGAAAAACAACACGAAGAAAUCAGACAACAUUUUAAUGAUCUCAAGAAAAAAGCAAAAGCUGAAUUGGUCAAAGAAUUCGAGGCCAAAUUACAAAACGUUGAAUUUGGAGUUGGGCCGAGUGCUAAGACCGAAUUUAAACAAUGGCAUGAAUAAAGUCAUACAAUUAGCUAUGUAGUUAGGGUACUAGCCACUAUAGGCACCUAGUAAAUUCAAAAAAUGAAAAACUUUGUUCUAAUCAGUGGCAAUAAAUAAUAUUAUACAUGUGAUGCAUUUGAAAAGUAAGUUUAGAGACACUUGCGCCGAUUUCAAUGUCGAUCCCUAAAGACUGACCGAUCGAUUUAACUCGUUAUUGUAGUUUAAUUUGAUUAAUAAUUUUGCCAUUUAUUAUAAUUAUUUUUAAUUUUUAUUAUUUGUUCUCUCGUUCUGUACAAGUUUUGUGAAUUAAAUUUUACAGCGACCGGUGGUAGUGUAUUGUAAUGUUGUAAUAUAUUGGUUUUAUUUAUUUAUUUAUUUAUUUUGUUAUUGAAGGUGACAAAGCCUUUUUUAUUGUGAUAUUUAUAUUUAUUUUGUUAAACAUUUUGUGAUAAUUUUGUUCUAUACGCAGCCUCACAUUGUAUACUAUAUUACUUACAUUCAUUGACAAUCAUUAUUUUUUCAGUUACAAUUUUU